UGUGUGGAGUGCUGCGCGGCCGGGAGGAUGUGCACGGCGGGGCGGCCGCCGCAGUGAGCCGCGGCGACACAAGCGGGAGGCAGCCCCGGAGACCGGAAAGCCAGGGGCGAGCAGGAGGCCGCGGCCUGGAGAGGCGCGCCGCCCCGGCCCCAGGAUGUAGGCGAUCAGCAGCUGCGCUCUUGCAGGCGGCCGGCUCACCAUGAAGAAGCAUUCGGCCCGGGUGGCCCCGCUCAGCGCCUGCAACAGUCCGGUCCUGACCCUCACCAAAGUGGAAGGGGAGGAGCGCCCCCGGGAGCCCUCGGGCCCAGCAGAGGCCCAGGCGCCACCUGGGACAGAAGCCGGAGGAAGAACGAGCCGGUAUCGCUGGACUUGCUCUCAGGAACAGCUCAAGAAGAUCUUUUGGAGUGUGGCCGUCGUGUUCUCUGUGUGUGCCUCCUGGGCUGGCUCCACACAGCUCGCCAAGCUGACCUUCAAGAGCUUUGAUGCGCCCUUCACCUUGACUUGGUUUGCCACCAACUGGAACUUUCUGUUCUUCCCAUUGUACUAUGCAGGGCAUGUGUGCAAGGCCACAGAGAAGCAGUCUGUGAAGCAGAGAUACAGGGAAUGCUGUCAAUUUUUUGGAGACAAUGGCUUGACUUUGAAGGUGUUUUUUACCAAGGCAGCGCCUUUCGGGGUUCUUUGGACACUCACAAACUACCUGUACUUACACGCAAUAAAGAAAAUAAACACUACGGAUGUCUCCGUGUUAUUCUGCUGCAACAAAGCUUUUGUUUUCUUGCUGUCGUGGAUCGUUCUCAGGGACAGGUUCAUGGGAGUGAGGAUUGUGGCCGCCAUCCUCGCCAUCGCCGGCAUUGUCAUGAUGACCUAUGCUGACGGGUUCCACAGUCACUCGGUCAUCGGCAUAGCCCUGGUGGUGGGCUCCGCGUCCAUGUCAGCCCUCUACAAGGUUCUGUUCAAGCUGCUGCUGGGCAGUGCCAAGUUUGGAGAAGCAGCCUUAUUCCUGUCCAUCCUGGGUGUGUUCAACAUCUUCUUCAUCACCUGCAUCCCUGUCAUCCUCUACUUCACCAAAGUGGAACACUGGAGCUCCUUCGAUGACAUUCCAUGGGGAAACCUUUGUGGAUUUUCCAUUCUCUUAUUGACAUUCAAUAUCGUAUUAAAUUUUGGAAUCGCUGUUACAUAUCCCACACUGAUGUCUCUUGGAAUUGUCCUCAGUGUACCUGUGAAUGCAGGUUCCACAUGCUCAGAGUCACCAAGAUGGAGCCCAGGAGAUCCAAGAGGCAAGGCCUGGUAGACUGACUCUCCAGCAUGUUACCCACAAAUGAGGAUAGAUUCUGGCCUGGCUACUUUCCAUAGAGGAGACCCAAGAUCUUUCCCCUUAAACAGAAGCAAAAUCAGGCAAAAUACUAACUGGUGAGCAACUCUGAUCUUCCCUCUUUCUGAAACUUUGAAAACAGAGAGGAGAGGUCUGCCUGGAGGAUGCCCAGUGGGCAGAGGCUCCUCCCAGAUCCCCCACCGAUGGAAGCAGGACCUGAUGAAGGGAGUGGAAAUAUCACCAUGAAGAAGGCUUCUCUGGCAUGGAAAUUAAUGGGGUUGAAAUGUACUUGGACAACCCAGGCGUGCAAAAGCCACUGACCGCCAUUCUGUGUCUUCAAAGCAAGAGAUAGAAUUGCCAUGUGAAAGAUGUCUUCUGUCUUUUUUAAAGUAUAUUUUGGAAUUGGAUUACUAACUAGUGGGUUACCAUAAGGCUUUUUCAUACAUCCUUAGUUUGGGUUAACCCACCGACUUCUCUUUUCUGGUCCACAUCCCUAUGUAAUCAUUUAACCCUCCAUAGCCCCCUGUUUAUUUCUCCUGUGUUCAAUUAUCCCUCCAAUUAUUUUUUUAAGUUUGGUUGUGAGAUAGUCAGUUUCCAUAUGACCUUUCAUACACUCUUCCUUUGGGUUAGCCCUUCCCUUCAACCCUAUUUCCUCCAUACCGUAAUUAUCCUGCAUGGGUGGACAAUGUUGCUCCCAGAAGACAUGGGUUGUUAAACGAAAAUCUCAGUACAAAGCAUUGGAUGCCUCCCUAUGAGUUAUUGGUCAGGGAGGCCCAAGAAGUCUC